UCUCCCAGUCUGAACCGGUUUCAACCAGUUACGAGUUUGUUGCUUGUGAGAAGACGAGGCACAGGUUUCACAGUCUCUAAUAGCGUCCCGCUGCAAAAAAUUCUUCAGUAAAGACAAAAAUUGUUAAUCAAGGUUAACUUUAUUUCGUAAAAUGAGUCGGACUGAGAAAAUACCUAGCUCGCUGUGAUUGUUAAUGCCGAGUCCACAUCGCAGUGGUCAUAAUCAACCAACUAGCUUAGCUAGCAUACUCAUAUAGACUGUGGCUAAUCAACGUCUCAACAUACUUCUCUGCCAGCAGGCAAUCUUGUUCCUCCAGGCAUCAACGACACUGGAGCUAGCUAGCUAACAUAAGAUUUAGCAACUCUGGCAGAAAAGCAGACCUUUCUCUCAAAGGCUUGGACUAUCGGACUCAUCAGCCCUCCCUGUCCCUACAGAGCUCUAUGCCAGCAGUUAUGACAAUGUUAGCCGACCAUGCAGCCAGACAGCUGCUGGACUUCAGUCAGAAACUGGACAUUAACCUCCUGGAUAACGUGGUUAACUGCUUGUACCAUGGAGUCGGCCCACAGCAAAGAAUGGCGCAGGAGGUCCUCACACAUUUAAAGGAGCAUCCAGAUGCGUGGACCCGAGUAGACACCAUUCUUGAAUUCUCCCAGAACAUGAACACCAAAUACUAUGCUCUGCAGAUUCUGGAAACAGUUAUUAAAACAAGAUGGAAGAUUCUGCCCAGAAACCAGUGUGAAGGCAUUAAAAAGUAUGUUGUUGGGCUGAUUAUCAAGACGUCGUCGGAUGCAGCCAACGUGGAGAAAGAGAAAGUGUACAUCGGAAAGCUCAACAUGAUUUUAGUUCAGAUCCUGAAGCAGGAGUGGCCCAAACACUGGCCCACGUUCAUCAGCGACAUCGUGGGGGCAAGCCGCACCAGCGAGAGCCUCUGUCAGAACAACAUGGUCAUCCUGAAGCUGCUCAGUGAGGAGGUGUUCGACUUCUCCAGCGGCCAGAUGACCCAGGUCAAGGCCAAGCACCUGAAGGACAGCAUGUGUAAUGAGUUCUCCCAGAUCUUUCAGCUCUGCCAGUUUGUGAUGGAAAACUCCCAAAAUGCUCCUCUAGUGCAUGCUACCUUGGAGACCUUGCUACGCUUCUUGAACUGGAUUCCGCUGGGCUACAUCUUUGAGACCAAACUUAUCAGCACUCUGGUGUACAAGUUCCUGAAUGUUCCCAUGUUCCGCAAUGUCACUCUGAAGUGCCUGACGGAGAUCGCAGGCGUGAGCGUGAGCCAAUAUGAGGAACAGUUCGUCACACUGUUUACACUCACCAUGAUGCAGCUCAAACAGAUGCUGCCUCUGAACACGAACAUCCGUCUGGCGUACGCAAACGGGAAGGAUGAUGAGCAGAACUUCAUCCAGAACCUCAGCCUGUUCCUCUGCACUUUCCUCAGAGAGCACGGGCAGCUCAUCGAGAAGAGGCUCAACCUCAGAGAGACGCUCAUGGAGGCCCUCCACUACAUGCUGCUGGUGUCGGAGGUGGAGGAGACGGAGAUCUUCAAGAUCUGCCUGGAGUACUGGAACCACCUGGCGGCAGAGCUGUACAGGGAGAGCCCCUUCAGCACCUCCACCUCCCCCCUGCUGUCUGGGAGCCAGCACUACGACGUCCCCCCACGCAGACAGCUCUACCUGCCCGUCCUGUCCAAGGUGCGCCUGCUGAUGGUGAGCCGCAUGGCGAAGCCCGAGGAGGUGCUGGUGGUGGAGAACGAUCAGGGAGAGGUGGUGCGUGAGUUCAUGAAGGACACAGACUCCAUCAACCUCUACAAGAACAUGAGGGAGACCCUGGUGUACCUGACCCAUCUGGACUAUGCAGAUACAGAGCGGAUUAUGACGGAGAAGCUCCAUAACCAGGUGAAUGGGACUGAGUGGUCGUGGAAAAACCUGAACACGCUGUGCUGGGCCAUCGGCUCCAUCAGUGGAGCCAUGCAUGAGGAGGAUGAGAAGAGGUUCCUCGUCACUGUCAUCAAGGACCUGCUGGGAUUGUGUGAACAGAAGCGUGGGAAAGAUAACAAGGCUAUCAUUGCCUCCAACAUCAUGUACAUUGUGGGCCAGUACCCAAGAUUCCUACGCGCACACUGGAAGUUCCUCAAGACUGUGGUGAACAAACUGUUUGAGUUCAUGCAUGAGACCCACGAUGGAGUACAGGACAUGGCCUGCGACACAUUCAUUAAGAUCGCCCAGAAGUGCAGGAGGCACUUUGUGCAGGUGCAGGUCGGGGAAGUCAUGCCCUUCAUCGACGAGAUCCUCAACAACAUCAACACCAUCAUCUGUGACCUGCAGCCGCAGCAGGUGCACACGUUCUACGAGGCGGUGGGCUACAUGAUUGGCGCCCAGACGGACCAGGCUGUGCAGGAGCACCUCAUAGAGAAGUACAUGCUGCUGCCCAACCAGGUGUGGGACAGCAUCAUCCAGCAGGCCACCAAGAACGUGGACAUCCUGAAGGACCCGGAGACGGUGAAGCAGCUGGGCAGCAUCCUGAAGACCAACGUGAGGGCGUGCAAGGCCGUGGGCCACCCCUUCGUCAUCCAGCUGGGCCGCAUCUACCUGGACAUGCUCAACGUCUACAAGUGCCUCAGCGAGAACAUCUCUGCAGCCAUACAGACCAACGGUGAGAUGGUGACAAAGCAGCCUCUGAUCCGGAGUAUGCGCACGGUGAAGAGAGAAACUCUCAAACUCAUCUCAGGCUGGGUCAGCCGCUCCAACGACCCACAGAUGGUGGGUGAGAACUUUGUCCCACCCCUGCUGGAUGCCGUCCUCAUAGAUUACCAGCGGAAUGUUCCUGCAGCCAGGGAGCCCGAGGUGCUCAGCACCAUGGCAACCAUCGUAAACAAACUGGGCGGCCAUAUCACGUCAGAGAUCCCACAGAUCUUUGACGCUGUGUUUGAGUGCACGCUGAACAUGAUCAACAAAGAUUUCGAGGAGCAUCCCGAGCACCGGACGCACUUCUUCUACCUACUGCAGGCAGUGAAUUCCCACUGCUUCCCUGCCUUCUUGGCCAUCCCGCCCGCCCAGUUCAAACUGGUGCUGGACUCCAUCAUCUGGGCCUUCAAACACACCAUGAGGAACGUAGCAGACACAGGUCUGCAGAUCCUGUACACAUUGCUACAGAAUGUGGCCCAGGAAGAGGCUGCAGCUCAGAGCUUCUACCAGACCUAUUUCUGUGACGUACUGCAGCACAUCUUCUCUGUAGUGACGGACACGUCUCACACAGCUGGGCUGACGAUGCACGCGUCUAUCCUGGCGUACAUGUUUAACUUGGUGGAGGAGGGGAAGAUCAGUGUGACUCUGAACCCUGGAAACCCUGUCAGCAAUCAGACCUUCAUCCAGGAAUAUGUCGCCAAUCUGCUGAAAACCGCCUUUCCUCACCUGCAGGAUGCACAGGUCAAAGUGUUUGUGACGGGGCUAUUCAGUUUGAACCAGGACAUUGCCGCGUUUAAGGAGCACCUAAGAGACUUCCUUGUGCAGAUCAAGGAGUUUGCAGGUGAGGACACUACAGAUCUGUUCCUGGAGGAGCGGGAGGCAUCUCUGCGCCAGGCCCAGGAGGAGAAACACAAACUGCAGUUGUCUGUCCCUGGAAUCCUUAACCCUCAUGAGAUCCCUGAGGAGAUGUGUGACUGAACACAUGCGCCCUCUAUACACACAUAUAACACACAUGCCCUCUAUACACACAUGAAACAUAUAACACACAUAUGCACAAACACGUUUUGUGCUGGCACCUUAAUAGGACUAAACACAUUUCUAAGGACAGCACUGUUUAUGCUGUCUGUCUGGGCCCUGUAAGUGUGUGGGUGUGUGUGGUUGUGUAUGUACAUAUAUGUGUAUGGACGAGAGGGGGGUUGUGGGUGUGUGUGAGAGAGAGAGAGAGAGACUUCCUCCUUUGUAGACACUGUCUCUUGACAAAAACAAACAAUGCCAAUCUGUACAUGAUCUCAUCACCCAGUGGCCCCUUCUGCCUAAUCUGCAUUUUAUAUGGACACUUUUUGUGUAAUACCUUUCCUUUGGAACUCAAGCUUAUGUUUGUUCGGUUAACCUCAACGCUGCAUGGAGUUUCUUCAGAACUACGUGUUUUCUCUCUCUUUCUCUCUCUGCCUGUCCCUCUCUCCAUCUGUUUCUUCUCCUUCCACAUCAUGGUUGUAUAGUCUAUAUAAAUGAGGGAGUGCAGUUUUUGGAGAUGUGGUGCAGUAUAUGGCACAUGUUCCUGCAGUGGUGAGGAAUAUCACGUUUGACCACAGAGGCUUUGUCCCUGCAUAGCUACACAUACAGACAGAUUUAACCCAGAGCUGGGACAGGCACCGUAAAGCAGACCCACACGAGCCCUCUGUACUGCCCCACGGGGACACUCGGUAGCGCCCCGUACGGCUACACAUCCGGGGCUUUGUUUCAGUCAGAUGAAGAAGCAAGUAUGCAGUUCAUCUCAUGGAGACAGUGGGCGAUGGUGGGGGUCUGUUCAUCAGUCCUGCUGCGCUGGUCGUUGAGAGUAAAAACUUGGCUCACAGCUGCUGGCCUGAGCUCAAAAGCUCAGCUGGAAUCAGAUGCUUCCU